AUGGUUCCUAAGCUAAGCGGGUCUAGUGCACUGCUGAUGACAGCACAGGCAGCCUGGCACAUCGGCAAGAUUUGGAAGAGCAGGCUAGUCACCGGGGUCAGCUUGCCAGACAAUACUCUAAAGCUCCUGGACUUUAAGGAUCAGUUGCUGUCUCAUCCUCUUCCCAGCAGUGUCCUGUGUCACCUGAUCAUCACCACUGGCCACAUCCUCCGCAGUGCCUCUGAUGUGACAGCGCCUGCCACCCAGCUGGUCAGCCUGGUGCGAGUCUACGCUGCACCCUGGGGGCACAAGGAGGAGGCGCUGAGGCUGCUACAUGUAAACUACAGCAGGGUGAAGGGGCAGCUGAACGGAGCGAUCAGAAGGCUACAGCUGCUGCACGGUCAGUCUGUGAGGGUUGCUCGGGAACGUCGGAUCCUGAACUGGGAACGUUUGAUGAGGAAGUUGAUGGCUGUGAGGGGCUUUGGGAUACACUGUAUGUUCCCAGUGAGGUGUCCGAUGAGGGAAGCGGCCCAGUGUGGCCAGUGGGAGCGGAUGGGAGAAUGGCUACAGCCUGAGGCUCUUAUGGAGUCCAGAGAGGACUUUCUGCAGGAUGUGUUCAACAGAGCAGAUGAACAGCUUGAUAUGGAGACACGUGGUGAUGAUGAGGAUGAUGGUGAUGAAGAUGAUGGUGCUGAAGAGGAGGAAGAUGGGGACCUGGGAGAGUGUGCGACUGCUUCUCACAAGGUGAAGGAGUGUGGCUGUGGUGUUGAGGCUAACAUGUGUGAUGGAGCGACACAGACAGAUAGACACAGCAAGGAACAGAGCACCUGGACAGGGGACCUCCAGCACAGCUCCAGGGACAGCAGGUUUGAGAUGUCGAUGGCGAGUGUUUGGGGAGAGGUGGCCGAGCAGGAAGGAGAGCUCCCACCCUCACAGGUGUGGGCGAGGAUGCAGGUACUGGAGGAGAACAUGCUGAGAAGCAAACAGUGUGUGAUUGCCAGGCUGCGGGCUGAGACCAGCAGAGAGCUGGAGAAACGUCUGUCAGGCCAGAGGAGGCUCCAUCUCCCCGCUCCCCCCGGCACAGCACCAGCCACCACUCAACAUGGUGAGAUUUGCUUCCCCGCACUCUUUAUGCCGCUGAAGGGAGGACAGGUGUUUACUCCGAAAGCUCACCUGUACUUUCACCCAUCGGGCUCACCAGGCCUGUAUCGUCUGACACAGCCUCCCUCAGUGCUCAGUCUGCCCUCGCUCAGCACCGCCACUAGAUUGUCCGUCCUGAACCUCCUGAAUCCACGAAGCACAUUGCCUGUCACUGCGACAACGCAGGGUGGGGCAGGCUCCAGAGAGGAACAAACCAUCACCAGGAGGUCACCACCUCCUCCCGACAUGGAGCCGGCCUAGCCCCUCCCAUUCUGGUCUAGCCCCUCCCAUUCUGGCCUAGCCCCUCCCAUUCUGGCCUAGCCCCUCCCAUUCUGGCCUAGCCCCUCCCAUUCUGUCCUAGCUCCUCCUCACCCAGAGCCUAGCUCCUCCCAUUCUGAUCUAGCUCCUCCCCACCCAAGAGCCUACCUGCUCCUCAGCCAGGCUUGCUCCUCCUCACCUGCUGCACUGUAAGGAAGGCUGUGACCGCCGAACCCUCUGUAAUAACUUGACAACAAAUUAUAAUUAUCAAUAAAAAAUAAUAAUCGAU